UCUCAGAAGGCGUCGUGCCGCUGGAGCUCCGCCGUGGCAUGGGCGCAGCGCACCUCCUUUGGGUUUUCUUGGCUCUCGUCGCGCCAGGGGUCUUCGGUGACCGGGAGGGGGAGCGCGGAGGGAUUUCUUGUGACCCUCCUCCUGUGGUAGAAAAUGCUAGAAGAUUUUAUUUUUCUGGCCCUGUUAGUGUUGGCAAUGUGAUAAGGUACAGUUGCUUGCCUAACUUCCGCCUCAUUGGAGAAAAAAAUGUUUAUUGUAUUCGUAAAGACCACGUGACUGCAGUCUGGGAUAAAGCUGCUCCUAGAUGUGAAUAUUACAAUAAACAUUCCAUUUGCUCUGAGCCAGAAGUACCAGGCGGAUACAGAAAUAAACAAUCCAGACCACCAUACAGACAUGGUGAUUCUGUGACAUUUACCUGCAAUACCAACUUUACCAUGAAAGGAAACAAGUCUGUUUGGUGCCAAGGAAAUGGAACGUGGGGACCCACACCACUGCCAACCUGUGAGAGUGAUUUCCCCUUGGAGUGUCCAUCACUUCCCAGCAUCCCCAAUGGUCAUCACACGGGGGAGAACGGAAGCUCCCUUGUGCCAGGAUUGUCUGUGACUUACAGCUGUGAUCGUGGCUACUUACUUCAUGGAAAGAAGACCAUCAUCUGUUUGUCUUCAGGAGCCUGGAGUGCUACCAGUCCCACAUGUAAAGAGGCACAGUGUGAAUCUCCAGGACGAUUUCCCAAUGGGCAGGUACAGCAGCCACCAAGUCUCCGGGUUGGUGUAACUGCGAACUAUUCCUGUAACGAAGGGUAUCGACUACGAGGCCAGCCUUCUAGCCAGUGUGUAAUUGCUGGGCAGCGCGCUGUGUGGACCAAGACGCCAGUAUGCGAAGUAAUUCUUUGCUCACCACCUCCUACUAUUCACAAUGGAAGACAUACAAGCAGCUCUUCAGGGCCUGUUCGAUAUGGAAGCACAGUCACUUAUACUUGUGACCCAGACCCAGAGAAAGGAGUGAGCUUCAUCCUUAUUGGGGAGAACACUAUCUAUUGUACCAGUGAUAGGCAGAAGACUGGGAUCUGGAGUGGCCCUAGCCCACGCUGUGAACUUUCUACUUUUGCUGUUCAGUGCACACACCCUCAAGUCCUAAACAGAUAUACAUUAUUCGUGCAGAAAGAGGAAUACCCCUAUAAUGCCACUGUGGUGUUUGCUUGUGCGUCUGGUUUCACCAUGAAAGGCAGACGCCAAAUCCGAUGCAAUGCUCAAGGCACAUGGGAACCAUCAGUACCAGUCUGUGAAAAGGAGUGCCAGGCCCCUCCUAAAAUCCUCAAUGGGCAAAUCAAAGGUGGACACGUGUCACACUUUGACCCUGGAACAUCCAUACAGUACGGCUGUGACCCCGGCUACGUGUUGGUGGGAGAAGAAUACAUACACUGUACCUCGGAGGGUGUGUGGACACCUGGAGCCCCACAGUGCAAAGCGGCAGAGUGUGAACCUAUAGGAACAGAACUCUUUAAAAAACCCCAGGAUCAUUUUAUUCGACAAGAUGCUAACUCUUCCUGUGAUGAAGGGUACCGGUUGGGUGAGAGUGUUUAUCAGCUGUGUCAAGGCACAGUUCUUUGGUUUCUAGAGAUUCGCCUUUGUAAAGAAAUCACAUGCCCACCACCUCCUGUUAUCUACAAUGGGAUACACUCAUGGAGUUCCUCAGAGGACGUUCCACAUGGAACUACAGUCACUUACACAUGUAACCCAGGGCCAGAGAGAGGAGUGAAAUUCAACCUCAUUGGGAAGAACACCAUCCGCUGUAUAAGCAAUGAGCGAGAGACAGGCAGCUGGAGUGGCCCUGCUCCUGUCUGUGAACUUUCCAUCCCCCAUGUUCAAUGCUCACAUGCCUACAUUGCAAAUGGGAAUAAGAUAUCUGGCAAGGAAGCCCCAUAUUUCUACAAUGACAGUGUGACAUUCAAGUGUCAUGAUGGAUUUACUUUGAAGGGCAGCAGUCAGAUUCGUUGCAAAGCCAAUAACACCUGGGAUCCUGAAAUACCAGUUUGUGAGAAAGGUAAGAACCCAAUGGACAAAAAAGAAGUAAUCUGUGUAUUUAUAGAACUGUAUUGUUUGUUUUCUAGAAUCACAGAAAAAGGUGAGACUACUUUCCCAUUCCAUCCAUUCUCUAAUAGAAUGUUGUAUGUGAGCUGUGGAUGUUUUUUGUGCAAACGCCCCUGUGGAUCUGGGAUAUACAGUGAUAAAUUAGAGCUUCGUGGUCUUUGGCUUGGACAUUUCAGACUGUUGUCGAAUGUUGUAUACUUAAUGUUCUUUAGUAUAAAUUCCAUUUUGUUGGUAUUUAUGUGGGGAGUUUUCUCUUCAGACUGCCAGCCACCUUCUGAAAUCCACCAUGGUCAGCACACAGGUGGGGAUAGGGUCCGCUUUGCCUCUGGGACAACUGUUGACUACACCUGUGACUCUGGCUACUUGCUUGUGGGAAACAAAACCAUUCACUGCAUGCCUUCAGGAAUGUGGAGUCCUUCCCCACGGUGUGAAGGUACUUUCAGUUCCAGGAUUAUUUUUCUCUUUGAUAAUGAGAUCUCUAUAAGUAAUUCCAACUUUGCUCCUCUAGAAGGAUCAUGUAAGCCUGUGAAAGAUAUGCAAGAGAUUCCAUCUGGCACACGUGUGGUAACAUUCAAUAUGUCCUGCCAGGUUGGGUACCAAGUGAGUAGAUUUUCCUAUCAGAAGUGUCAGGAUGCUGAUGGUGUUUGGUUCCGAAAGAUUCCACUUUGUAAAGUUAUUCACUGUCCACCUCCACCAAUAAUUGAAAAUGGGAGGCUUACAGGCAUGACAACAAAACACUUUUUAUAUGGAAAUGAAGUUUCUUAUGAAUGUGGCCAAGGAUUCGAUCUUCUGGGAGAGAAAACUAUACGGUGCCUGAGUGAUGCUGAAGGACAUGGAGUUUGGAAUGGACCUCCCCCAACGUGCUUCCAGUCUCGUCCUGUGACUCACUGCCCUAGCCCGGAAGUCAAACAUGGAUACAAGCUAAAUAAAACUCUUUCUUCAUACUCCCACAAUGACACAGUAUAUGUUGCCUGCAAUACUGGCUUCAUCAUGAACGGCAGUCACUUGAUUAGGUGUCAUACCAAUAACACAUGGGUUCCAGGUGUACCAACUUGUAUCAAAAAAGCUUUCUUAGGGUGUGAACCUCCAUCUGAGAUCCCCAAUGGGUGGCAUACUGGUGAAGACACAGCUCGCUUUUCCCCUGGAAUGUCAGUCCUGUACAGCUGUGACCCAGGCUACCUGCUGGUGGGAGAAGAACUCCUUCUUUGCACACAUGAGGGAACCUGGAGCCAAUCUGUCCCAUAUUGUAAAGAGGUAAACUGUAGCUUCCCAGAGUAUAUUAGUGGAAUGCAGAAGGGGCUGGAGCCCGGGAAAAUGUAUCAUUAUGGAAGUACUGUAACUGUGGAGUGUGAAGAUGGAUAUACCCUGGAAGGCAGUCCCCAGAGCCAGUGUCAGGAGGAUCACAGAUGGAACCCUCCCCUGGCUGUUUGCAAAUCACGCUCACUUGCUCCUCUUCUUAGUGGUAUUUCUGUGGGUUUAGUACUUCUUAUCAUCUUGGUUGCUGUCUCUUUAUGCAUGCUAUUAAAAGACAAAGGCAGUUAUUAUACAAAUGCAGCUCCUAAAGAUGGAGCUCGUCCCUUGGAAGCACAAGAAGUAUAUUCUGUUGAUCCAUACAGCCCAGCAACAAGUGAACUACUUACAGAGAAAACUGACCUCGUAACUGGACUGAUGAACAACCUCAUGGUAAAUGAACAAAACAUUGAAGUUGUCAACAAUUAUGUCACUGCAAAGUUUCUGGGAAGGGUGGGGGGAAGCUGUGGUGUAAAGCUUUUUGUCCCGGAACCCCGCCGCCCUCCCCAGACAUGGGCUCACAGCCAGGCGAUUGGUCUCUUCUCUCAGCUGCUUUUUCCCCUUACUUCAUCUUCUUCGAGUUCGCAGUUUGGCUUCUGGAUGUGCUUGGGGAGGAUGGGAGCCUCUUCUCCGAGGAGCCCAAAGCCUCCCGGGCCGCCAGCACCCUGUCUCUCCUGCGCGGGAGGAGCCCUCCUGGCGGUUCUGGUGCUGCUCGCGCUGCCGGCGGCCUGGGGUCAAUGCAAGGCCCCAGAAUUCUUUCUAUUUGCCAAGCCUGUAAACCUGACUGAUGAGUCCGAGUUUCCCAUUGGGACAUCUCUGAAGUAUGAAUGCCGCCCUGGAUACUACAGGAAGCUGUUGCCCCCUAUCAUCUGCUUAGAAAACUCGAUCUGGUCAAGCCUAGAAAACUUAUGUAAACGUAAAUCAUGUAGACCUCCUCCAGAUCCAGUUAAUGGUAUCGUGCAUGUAAACACAGGCAUCGAGUUUGGAUCAACUGUUAAUUAUUCUUGUAAUGACGGGUUCCGACUCAUUGGUCACUCCUCUAAUACAUGCAUCAUCUCGGGCAAGACUAUCACCUGGGAGAAGGAGGCACCUAUUUGUGAGCGCAUUCCCUGUGGGCCACCCCCAGCCAUUGCAAAUGGAGACUUCUAUAGCAGCGAUAGAGAAUAUUUUCACUAUGGAAUGGUGGUGACCUACCGCUGCAAUUCCGAAAAGAAUGGGAGAAAGCUGUUUGACCUCGUGGGCGAGGCGUCAAUACACUGUACCAGCAAAGAUAAUCAAGUUGGCAUCUGGAGUGGCCCUCCGCCACAGUGUCGUCCACCUUGGAAUAUGUGCACACCUCCAAAUGUUGAAAAUGGAAUAAGGGUCUCUGUGGAUAAAAAGUUAUUUGUCUUAUAUGAGUCUGUGAAGUUCAGAUGUCUGCCUGGCUUCGUCAUGAAAGGACCAGGGAGGGUGCAAUGCCAGGUCCAAAACAAAUGGACACCGCAGUUGCCCAGCUGUUCCAGGGUGUGUCAGCCACCUCCAGAAAUCCUGCAUGGUAAGCAUACCCCAAGUGACAAGGCCAACUUUUCCUCUGGGGAGGAAGUGUUCUACAGCUGUGAGCCUGGCUAUGAUCUCAGAGGAGCUGCUUUUCUGCGCUGUACACCCCAGGGAGACUGGAGCCCUGCAGCCCCAAGAUGUGAAGUGAAAUCAUGUGACAACAUCCUGGACCAACUCCCUAAUGGCCGUGUACUCUCUCCUCCUAGUCUCCAGCUUGGAGCAAAAGUGUCCUUCGUUUGUGAUGAGGGGUUCCGUUUAAAGGGCAGGUCUUUUAGCCACUGUGUCUUGGUCGGAAUGAAAAGCCUUUGGAGUAACCCUGUUCCUGUGUGUGAACAAAUCUUUUGUCCAAACCCUCCGGCGAUCCUUAAUGGGAAACACACAGGAAACGCUCUGGGAAACAUUCCCUAUGGAAAAGAAAUAUCUUACACGUGUGACCCCGACCCAGACAGGGGGAUGCACUUCAGCCUCGUUGGAGAGAGCACCAUCCGCUGCACAAGUGACAAUCAAGGGAACGGGAUGUGGAGCGGCCCUGCCCCUCGCUGUGAACUUUCUGUUCCUGCUGGUCACUGUAAAACCCCAAAACAAUUUCCAUUUGCCACACCUACAACUCCAAUUGAUGAGUCUGAGUUUCCAGUUGGGACAUAUUUGGAUUAUGAAUGCCUCCCUGGGUACUCUGGGAGCUCGUUCUCUAUCACCUGCCUAGAAAACUUGGUCUGGUCAAGCGCUGAAGAUGCCUGUAAAAGAAAAUCAUGUGGAUAUCCUCCAAAACCCUCCAAUGGAAUGGUGCUUAUAAACACAGAUGUCCAGUUUGGAUCAACUAUUAAUUAUUCUUGUAAUGAAGGGUAUCGACUCAUUGGUUCCUCAUCUGCUGCUUGUCUCCUCCUCUCAGGCAAUAACGUCAUUUGGGAUAAAGAGGCACCUAUUUGUGAGAGCAUAUCUUGUGAGCCGCCUGCCACCAUAGCCCAUGGAUACUUCAACAGCAGCAACAGAAAACUUUUUCAUUAUGGAACAGUUGUCACUUACUAUUGUCACACUGGGCCAUCUGGAGAAAAGCUGUUUGACCUGGUGGGAGAAACAUCAAUAUACUGUACUAGCAAACAUGAUCAGCUUGGAGUUUGGAGUGGCCCCCCUCCUCGGUGCAUUUCUAACAAAUGCACAGCCCCAGAAGUUGAAAAUGGAAUUCAGGAAUCAGGCAAUAGGAGUUUUUUUUCCUUAAAUGAGAUCGUGAUGUUCAGAUGUCAGCCUGGCUUUGUCAUGAGUGGGUCCAGGAUUGUGCAGUGCCAGGCCAACAACAGAUGGGUGCCUGAGUUGCCCAGCUGCUUCAGGGUGUGUCAGCCACCUCCAGAAAUUCUACAUGGUAAAUAUUCCCCAAGCAACAAGGACAACUUUUUCCCUGGGGAGGACGUUUUCUACAGCUGUGAGCCUGGCUAUCAUCUCAGAGGAGCUGCUUCUCUGCGCUGUAAACCCCAGGGAGACUGGAGCCCUGCAGCCCCCAGAUGUGAAGUGAAAUCAUGUGAUGAUAUCCUGGACCAACUCCCUAAUGGCCGUGUACUCUCUCCUCCUAGUCUCCAGGUUGGGGCAAAAGUGUCCUUCAUUUGUGAUGAGGGGUUCCAACUAAAAGGCAGUUCUAUUAGUCACUGUGUCUUGGUUGGAAAGAAAGGCCUUUGGAAUGGCAGUGUUCCUGUCUGUGAACGAAUCUUUUGUCCAAAUCCUCCAGCGAUCCUUAAUGGGAAACACACAGGAAAUGGUCUAGGAAACAUUCCUUAUGGAAAAGAAGUAUCUUACAUGUGUGACCCCGACCCAGACAGGGGGAUGAACUUCAGCCUCGUUGGAGAGAGCACCAUCCGCUGCACAAGUGACAAUCAAGGGAACGGGAUGUGGAGCGGCCCUGCCCCUCGCUGUGAACUUUCUGUUGUAUGCCCACCUCCAUCCAAGAUCCACAACGGGCAUCAUACUGGAGGACAUGCAUCUUCAUAUUCUCCUGGGAUGAUAGUCAACUACACCUGUGACCCAGGCUACCUGUUGGUGGGACAGGCCUUCAUUUUCUGUACACACCAGGGAACCUGGAGCCAAUCUGACCAUUACUGCAAAGAGGUACAAUGUAGCCUCCCACGCUUUAUGAAUGGAAUCCAGAAGGAGAUGAAUUAUAAAAAAGUUUAUCACUAUGGAGAUAGUGUUACUUUGGAAUGCGAAGAUGGGUAUAUUCUCGAAGGCAGUCCCCAGAGCCAGUGCCAGGAGGAUGACAGAUGGGACCCUCCUCUGGCCAUGUGUACAUCAAGCACACGUGAUGCUCUCAUAGUUGGUACUUUCUUUGGUAUGUUCUUCUUUAUUUUAUACAUCCUUGUUCCCUGCUGGAUAUUUCUAAUGCGCAAAAAAUGCAAUAAUACAAAUAAAAAAUCUAAAGAAGCGAUUAUCCAUUUAAAUCCUCAAGAAGACAGCUGUGUUCAUCCUCAAACUCUGCAACCAAAUCAGGAAAAUAGCAGGUCCACUAACCCAGCUCAGAAUUCAUUUACCCAAGAAGUCGUCCUGAACAUCUCCAGCCCAAAGUGAUGUCUCUGGAACUUACAGCACUUCCUGACUAUACCAUUUGUAAAAUAAACUAUUUUCUUGUAAAAGGAAUAUGUGCUUAUUAUUGAAAACAGAAACUAUAGAAAAAUAUAAAGAAUAGAAAAAUGACCUGUAAUAACUUCCACCUGGCGGUUAAUAUUGUGAAGUUUCUUUGAAUAUUAUUUUACAUUUGCAGGAUUGUACCUUGACAUCAUAUUAACUGUACAAUAUUGAAUCUUGCUUUUUUCACAAAUGACAACCAUUUCUCAAUCAUUAAAAAACUCUAUGUAACAAACACAUCCCAUCGUAUUCUAUGCCAUUAUUUGCUUUUAAUCGUACAGCCUCGGGACAUUCAUGUAUCACUUUUUGUCUAUUUAACUCUACUGCAUGGAUUCACUUCCUCAUUCACUCGUUCUUCAAACAUUCAUUAGUCACUUAUAUGCCAUGGAUUGUACAUAUGUGUGUGUUCUUUCCCACACUAAACUAUAAACUUCUUGUGAGUAGAGACCACUUUCUUGAAUUUUCCAAAAACUCGGAGCAGAGUUAAUCAAAUGAUAAUUAUUUAGUAAAUACUUGAGAGAAUGAACUUACCAGAAUUUCAUUUAUUCUUAAAUUUCAGAACAAAAAAUCAAAUUCACAAAAAAGACCGGACUUACUGGUCUGACAGAGACUGGAGGAAUCCCGGAGACUAUAGUCCUAAAACACCUUUCUGACCUGGAACUGCAGCCAUUCCCACAGAUGACCUCUCAGCCAAACAAUAGUAAGGCCAUAAGAUAAACAAUAACACCCGGGAGAUACACACUCCCUAGAAAAAUUAAUUAUAGGAGAUCAAAAGGGUAAUAUCUGCCCAAAAGCAAAGAUGAGAAGGCAGGAAGGGGUAGAAAACAGGAACCCAGGGAAGAAAUGGAGACAGUGCUGACACAUUGUGGCGAAUGAAACCAAGGUCAUGAAAUACUCUUUGUACGAACUAUCAGAUGGGAAACUAAUUUGCUCUGUAAACUUUCACCUAAUGCAAACACACACAAACAUUUCAUUUAUUCUCAACUUUUUAGAGGCACUCUCUUUACAUCAAGAUAUACAUCAAGUUAUGUGCACUGACUCAUGACUGCCUUUUAAUAGAAAGGUUGUUGUUUGCCUUCGAGGCGAUUCCAACUCACAGUAACCCUAUAGGACAGAGUAGAACUGCCCCAUAGGGAUUCCUAGGCCGUAAUCUUUACAGGAGCAGAUUGCCAAAUCUUUUCUCCCUCGAAGACGCUGGUAGGUUCAAAAUACACAGGUAUGAAUAGAAACGUAGGAGUUCUAAAUUAUGUCUUAAAAUUUCCUUUGCGAGAUUGGAAUUUUGACUGCAGUAGUCCACAGGAACAGUGUUAAUCAUUUGUGGCAACAUUUAGUAGACAAGGAGUGAGUUAGAGUCUGUACUAAGCUUAGGACGUGCGCACCCAGGCCAGACGCAGUGGCAGAGUGGGCGAUACAGGUGAAGAAGCAGACUUCAAAGGCACAGUGCGUCAGGAAGGAAGGAAGGAAGGAGAGUGCUGACACAUUCAGGGAUGUGCAACCAAUGUCAUGAAACAAGCUGUGUAUAAAUUGUUGAAUGGGGAACUAAUUUGCUGUGUAAACGUUCACCUAAACAACAAUAAAAUGUUCAAAAGAAAAAAAAGACACAAGGUGUUGAAGGACAUGAGAAUGCUCAGAGAUGAUGCAGGCAAUAGAUGACACUGGAAAUCUUGUGAAAGAGAACAAUGAUGAGGAACCCAGGUGGCAGUAAUAGCUGGUGGUUAGGUGAGCUGGUGGGUCUCACUAGGGCGUCUGUUCACUGAUGGAAGGACUGCAUCCCUGGCCUUAUGAGGGAAGUUUCCAGUACAGCCUAAGAAGCAUUUGGAUGUCUUGGACUAUACACUAACCUCUCUCAGUCUUGGGAGCCCUAG